UUUUUGGCCCAUGUGGAAGCCCAACAAUAAUUCUUAUUGGGCCAUUUGGUUUUAUUUAUCUUGAAUAAAAGAAGCAGGGGUCUUGAGCUGAAAAUAACACCCUAAAAUCACAGCAACAACAACACACACACAAAAGAAGAAGUUCAUUUUCGUCACUUCAAAAACCUAGCUGCAAAGGUCGUCCAUUUCCCGGAGAUUGAACCGUUGGAUCGCUCUGAAUUUUUGGCACAGUCAUCCGGACAUCAGGGAGACCUUAUCCAACGGUGGGUUUGUCCAAAUAAGCUCUGGAAGUUCGUCUGCACAGCCUCUGUUUGCUGCUGCAGAAUUUGGUGACAUUUCCUUCUUUUGUCUUUGUAUUUGAUUCCAUAUGCUUGAUGUUGUUGAUUCCAAGUGUAUGAUGAUUAUUGUAUGCCUCUAGUAGACCUAGGGAAGACUUUGUAUUGCUCUAAUUUGGUGAUAGUGGAUUUGAAGCGGCUCUAGUAGUCCCGUGGUUUUUACUCUCCUUUCUUGAGAGGUUUUCCACGCUAAAAUUUGGUGUUCUUAUUAUUAUUGUUUUCGGGCUGUUUGGGGCUGUUUUGAUUGUAGUUGGGAUACCCUAUUUGUUUGCAUCCUCACAAGUUCAUUCUAGUUUGGGAAAAGUCUUGGUCAAACGAAGUUUGCUUCCGCGUUUGUGUUUACCGUUUGUGACCGGGUUUUGCGUUCUUUUCCCAUCAAAGUGGUAUCAGAGCCAUUGGCUCUUGUUAUUGGGUUGAAACUUGAUUGAACGAUGGAAGCUAAUACAAGUAGGAUUGUGAAUUUGAAUGGUUCUAAUUAUCAUGUUUGGAAAGGCAAGAUGGAAGAUCUCCUUUAUGUUAAGGAUUAUUAUAUGCCUGUUUUUAAUACCGACAAACCGGGUGAUAAAACAGAUGAAGAGUGGAAUAUAUUGCACAGAAAGGUUUGUGGUUAUAUUCGCCAAUGGGUUGAUGAUAAUGUUUUGAACCAUAUUAGCGGGGAGACUCACGCUCGUACUUUGUGGAACAAGCUUGAGGAAUUGUAUGCUCGGAAGACCGGAAACAAUAAACUGUUCUUGAUUAAACAAUUGAUAAAUUUAAAGUACAAUGAUGGAACUCCUGUUUCUGAUCACUUGAAUGUUUUUCAGGGUAUUAUUAAUCAGCUUGCAGGAAUGGGUAUCAAGUUUGAAGACGAGGUACAAGGCUUAUGGCUUCUUGGUACUUUACCGGAUUCUUGGGAGACUUUUAGGACAUCAUUGUCCAACUCUGCAGCAAAUGGUAUUAUUACUAUGGAAAUGGCUAAAGGCAGUGUUUUAAAUGAAGAGAUGAGAAGAAAGUCACAAGGUUCCUCUUCACAUUCAGAUGUCUUAGUUACAGAAAGCAGGGGGAGAGGUCAAAGUAGAGGUCCGAGUAACAAAGAGAAGCAUCGUAGUAAGUCUCGAGGUAAGUUUGCUGAUUAUGAAUGUCAUCAUUGUGGUAGGAAAGGGCACACAAUUAAAUUCUGCAGACAACUGAAGAAGGAGAAAAGGAAAGCUGACUACAACAAUAAGAAGAACAACCAUAAGAAAGAUGAUGGUGGCAAUGACACAGCUGAAGUUAAUACUGCUACCGAAGAGUUCUUUAUUUGUUGUGAUGAUGAUGUGGUGAACAUUACACGUGAUGAUUCGAGUUGGGUUGUUGACAGUGGUGCUACUUGUCAUGUGACAUCACAAAGGGAUUUUUUCUCAUCUUAUACACCUGGUGACUUUGGGGUUGUUAAGAUGGAUAAUAAUGGGCUAUCUAAGAUCAUUGGUGUUGGAGAUGUUUGCUUGAAGUUUGAUACUGGGAUGGAGUUGGUUUUACAUAAUGUAAAACAUGUUUCAGAUAUUAGACUUAAUUUGAUCUCUGCAGGUUUACUUGAUGAUGAUGGUUACCAUAGUACCUUUGGUGAUGGUGUUUGGAAACUCACUCGUGGUUCUUUGAUCGUGGCAAGAGGUAAAAGAAGUUCAAAGUUAUAUAUGGCACAUCCGAAGAUCUCUACAGAUUCAGUCCACUCAUUAGUCGAUAAUGAUAUGACCGAGUUAUGGCAUAAAAGACUUGGUCACAUGAGUGAGAAAGGGAUGCAUAUAUUGUUGAAAAGAAAUGCCUUGCCAGAUUUAACUAAUGUUCAUUUGAAGAAGUGUUCUCAUUGUCUAGCAGGUAAACAAAGAAGAGUUUCUUUUAAGAGUCACCCUCCUCAUAGAAGAAACAAUAUACUGGAUUUGGUGCAUUCAGAUGUUUGUGGUCCUAUGAAGACUAGAACACUUGGGGGCUGCUUAUAUUUUGUCACAUUCAUUGAUGAUCAUUCAAGAAAGGUAUGGGCUUAUACCUUGAAAUCUAAAGAUCAAGUUUUAGAUGUAUUUAAGCAGUUUCAUGCCUUGGUUGAGAGACAAACUGAGAAGAAGCUCAAGUGUAUUCGAACAGAUAAUGGAGGUGAGUACAUUGGUCCUUUUGAUGCUUAUUGUAGAGAGAAAGGUAUUCGGCACCAAAAGACUCCUCCAAAGACACCACAGUUGAAUGGUUUAGCAGAGCGGAUGAAUAGAACAUUGGCUGAAAGGGUUAGAUGUUUGCUAUCACAUGCAGGGUUGCCUAAUUCCUUUUGGGGUGAAGCUUUGAACACCGCAGUAAAUGUUAUUAAUCGUACUCCUUGUGUUCCUUUGUCUUUUGAUGUUCCUGACAGGGUUUGGAGCGGCAAAGAUGUUUCAUACGAUGAUUUGCGGGUCUUUGGAUGCAAGGCUUUUGUGCAUAUUCCCAAAGAUGAAAGAACAAAGCUUGAUGUAAAGACCAAGCCAUGUAUAUUCGUUGGUUAUGGGGGAGAUGAGUUUGGACACAGGUUUUAUGAUCCAAUCUCGAAGAAACUCAUAAGAAGUUUCGAUGCUGAUUUUAUUGAAGAUCAAAGUUUGAAAGAUAUUGAGAAGACAAAGAUAGUUCCUCAACAUACUGAUGAUCUUACUGAUUUGGAUCCAGUUCCUCCACAGCACUCUGAGCCGCAUAAUGAAGAUGAUAUUCAACAUGAUGAACAACACGGUACUGAUAAUCAUGAUAUUCCAGAGCAACAAGAGUUAGAUGAGGGUCCUCAUCCAGAGUUACCAGUACCAGGUAUGCCAACAUUUGUCCCACUCAGACGGUCUACAAGAAACCGUCAUCCUUCCACCCGUUAUUCUACUGAUGAGUAUGUCUUGCUCACUGAUGGGGGAGAGCCCGAGUGUUAUGAAGAGGCGAUGGAAGAUGAACACAAAAGGGAGUGGGUUGAAGCCAUGCAAGAUGAGAUGAAUUCCUUGUAUGAGAACAAUACCUUUGAGUUAGUAAAGUUGCCCAAGGGCAAAAGAGCUUUGAAGAACAAGUGGGUCUACAAAGUGAAGACUGAAGAACAUACCUCGAGGCCUAGGUACAAAGCCAGAUUGGUGGUUAAAGGGUUCAGUCAAAGAAAGGGUAUUGAUUUUGAUGAGAUUUUCUCUCCAGUCGUGAAGAUGAGUUCCAUUCGGGUGAUUCUUGGUUUGGCAGCUAGUCUUGAUCUUGAGGUUGAGCAAAUGGAUGUCAAGACAGCGUUCCUUCAUGGUGACUUGGAUAAAGAAAUCUAUAUGGAGCAACCUGAAGGUUUUCAGGUUAAAGGUAAAGAAGACUGUGUUUGUAAGCUUCAGAAAAGUCUUUAUGGGUUGAAGCAAGCACCAAGACAGUGGUACAAGAAAUUUGAGUCUAUUAUGGGGAAGCAAGGCUACCGAAAGACUAUUUCAGAUCACUGUGUUUUCUUUCAGAGGUUUGGUUAUGAUGAUUUUAUCAUUUUAUUACUCUAUGUUGAUGACAUGUUGAUUGUAGGCAAGAAUGCAGAGAGAAUUGUUCAGCUGAAGAAGGAAUUGAGCAAGUCGUUCUCUAUGAAAGACUUGGGGCCAGCAAAACAAAUUCUUGGUAUUCGGAUUACUAGAGAUAGAGCUUCAAAGAAGUUGCACAUGUCACAAGAGCAAUACAUUGAGAAGGUGCUUCGCAGGUUCAACAUGGAUAAAGCCAAAUCGGUUAGUUCACCUCUUACUCCCAAUUUUAAACUAACCGAUAAAGAUUGCCCUUCUUCGAAGGAGGAGAUUGAAGACAUGGAUAAAGUUCCAUACGCGUCAGCGGUUGGAAGCUUGAUGUAUGCAAUGGUGUGUACAAGACCUGAUAUUGCCCAUGUAGUAGGUGUUGUUAGUCGGUUUCUAUCAAAUCCAGGUAAGAAGCAUUGGGAAGCAGUUAAGUGGAUCUUUAGAUAUCUACGUGGUUCUUCCAAAUUGGGUAUAACAUUUGGAAAUGGAAAGCCAAUGCUUAUUGGUUAUACGGAUUCUGAUUUGGCGGGAAACAAAGACAACAUGAAAUCCACUUCUGGAUAUUUGAUGACUUUUGCAGGGGGAGCUGUCUCAUGGCAGUCAAGACUGCAAAAGUAUGUUGCUUUGUCUACCACUGAGGCUGAUUAUGUGGCAGCAACAGAAGCAUGCAAAGAACUGUUGUGGUUGAAAAGGUUUAUGCAGGAGCUUGGCUUUAUGCAACAGCGCUACGUGGUUCUUUGUGAUAAUCAAAGUGCUAUUCACCUUGCAAAGAAUUCUAUGUUUCACAAGAGAACAAAACAUAUUGAUGUGAAGUAUCAUUGGAUUAGAGAUGCGCUUGAAGACAAGUUGUUUGAACUUGAUAAAGUUCAUACCGAUGAUAAUGGUUCCGAUAUGUUGACAAAAUCUUUGGCAAGGGAGAAGUUGAAGAUAUGUUGCUCAAUCGCCGGGAUGGCGAACUCUUCCUCAUAGGCCAAAAAGGGGGAGAAUUGUUGGGUUUUUUUUGGCCCAUGUGGAAGCCCAACAAUAAUUCUUAUUGGGCCAUUUGGUUUUAUUUAUCUUGAAUAAAAGAAGCAGGGGUCUUGAGCUGAAAAUAACACCCUAAAAUCACAGCAACAACAACACACACACAAAAGAAGAAGUUCAUUUUCGUCACUUCAAAAACCUAGCUGCAAAGGUCGUCCAUUUCCCGGAGAUUGAACCGUUGGAUCGCUCUGAAUUUUUGGCACAGUCAUCCGGACAUCAGGGAGACCUUAUCCAACGGUGGGUUUGUCCAAAUAAGCUCUGGAAGUUCGUCUGCACAGCCUCUGUUUGCUGCUGCAGAAUUUGGUGACAUUUCCUUCUUUUGUCUUUGUAUUUGAUUCCAUAUGCUUGAUGUUGUUGAUUCCAAGUGUAUGAUGAUUAUUGUAUGCCUCUAGUAGACCUAGGGAAGACUUUGUAUUGCUCUAAUUUGGUGAUAGUGGAUUUGAAGCGGCUCUAGUAGUCCCGUGGUUUUUACUCUCCUUUCUUGAGAGGUUUUCCACGCUAAAAUUUGGUGUUCUUAUUAUUAUUGUUUUCGGGCUGUUUGGGGCUGUUUUGAUUGUAGUUGGGAUACCCUAUUUGUUUGCAUCCUCACAAGUUCAUUCUAGUUUGGGAAAAGUCUUGGUCAAACGAAGUUUGCUUCCGCGUUUGUGUUUACCGUUUGUGACCGGGUUUUGCGUUUUUCCCAUCAUUUUGUACUUGUCCGAUGUUUAUAUGUGCUUCUUACCUCUGCGCGACUCAAGUCAUGAUCCGAGCAGUCAGCGCAAGGUCAAGGAAGACAGGUCCUUUGCCAUAGGAGUUAAGUGUCAAAGUUGGUCUCGUCUUCAUCUUGACCUCGCGCGCGACCUGGAUUGUACCUGAUUGGUUUAAUAUGGGUAUGGUCUCGUGCGCGACCUGAGGCUGACUCUCGUAUAAUAGGCGUAAGAUUGAGGACCAUACCCCUUCCAUAAGCAAAUUUAAUUUUUAAGAAAUAUUUCUCUGAAUCUUAAUUCACACGGAAAAAUAAAAAGUGUUUAACAUUUCUUCGUAAUUUUGGUUUUAAUCAUUUUCUGUUUUUUAUUUUUAUCAGAUUGAUACAUAUUAAUAAAUUGCUAUCAACACUAGAAGAACUAAGUGAAAUGGUAUCUCAUAAGUCAUAAACCCCUUGAAUACGACAUAAAAUACACUAUGGCCGGUGACUCUUUACUUUGUUACCUUGUAUCUAUUUUUUAGAAAGUCAUAACUACUAUGGAUUAGAAAGAAAAAAAAUAAUAAAUCUUUUCGAGCAAAAACUAAAAUAAAAUAAAUAAUAAAUGUGAAUAGUGGGUUUUCUGAGCAGGGACCUUUAUUUCCAACCCUCACCAACACACAAUAAAUCCUCCAUUCCUCCCAUGAUAAUACUAUAAAAUGGCUUAUGGCAUACAGUAUGUAUAAUUUUCACACAACUUUUUUUUUUUAAAUAAACAAGUGGUUUAUUUGGAAGAUAUACUUGAGAUCGAGUCGAGAUGGCGUUAAUAGGAACAAUAAUCGGCAAAGUAGAGAUCAACUCAGGUGCGAAGGUGUUACAUGAUCUCUAUAGGCACACACCGGACGACAUAUCCUCCAUUUGCCCUGAUAAGAUUCAUUCAUGUGAUCUGCUCAGUGGUACUAGAGGUGCGGUUGGAUCCACCAUCAUCUGGCACUUUACCCAAGAUGGAAAAAGGCAAAGUUUAAAGGAGAUAAUUGAAGAAGUUAACGAGACAAACCACAAAAUUGUAUUUAAAGUGUUAGAAGGAGAGCUCGUGGAUGAGAAAUACAAAGCAUUCACAAUAAUAUUUCAUUGUGAACAAAAAGAUGGUAAACAAUGGGCCGUUUGGACCAUCGAGUUUGAGAGGCUGGAUACAAGUAUACCAUAUCCAACUUCUUUCAUGGAAUAUCUUUGCGAUUAUCUAAAAGAAAUCGAUGACCACAAGACCUGUAAAUAGAGCCCGAAGCUCUAUUACGACAAUGAAGGAAGGAACCCACCCGUCUAUGCAUGUGUUUACCAAUAAGCAAUAAAACUAAAAGGUAAUAAAUCUUUAGAUUGUGAUAUGUAUGUAAUAUGCGUAUUUUGUGUUAUCUCGUUUCCUUGUGCUUGUAAUAUGAUCUAUGAAUGUUUGAAACUAAAUGUGUUUUUAUUGUUUAAGAAAUUCAAUCUAUAUGAAUGAAAUGAUGUGUCUGUAUAUAGCACUACAUCAAAUAUUUCAAUCC